UUGUGAAUAUGGCAGCUGGUGGUGCUCAAACAAACUCCACUACAAGAUCGAAUCCUGCUGAGGAUGCUAGGCUGCCGGCAGUUGGUGGCCUUGGUGGUCUUGGUCUCCCAGAGAUGUUUGGUUCCAUGCAGGAUACUGCUUCAUUAAGUCAGUUUGCACAAAAUCCAGCUGUAUCACAGAUGAUGCAAGUUCUCCUCUCCAACCCUCAGUACAUGAAUCAAGACACAAUAAUUGGAUUUUUACUGGCUGGAGUAGGCAAUGUGGAUUUGCGGAGAAAGACGAAUUACCUAAUUGUGGACUCAAAAACAACUGUUAAGCAAAUUGAAGAAGCAUUCAAGGAGUUUACAACAAGAGAAGACGUUGUAAUAGUGAUGAUCAGCCAAUAUGUUGCAAACAUGAUAAAGUUUUUAGUAGAUAGCUACAACAAUCCAAUUCCAGCAAUUUUGGAGAUUCCUUCCAAGGACCAUCCUUACGAUCCAACACAUGAUUCUGUUCUUUCAAAAUGCUAGUUGAUGAUAUUGGUGAUGUAAUAAUUACUAAUGAUGGUGCUAUAAUACUCAAGAUGUUAGAUGUUGAGCAUCUCGCUGCAAAGGUGGAAUAAUAAAGCAUCCAUUUGGUUGAGCUUCAAGACCGAGAAGUUGGAAAUGGGGCAACUUCUGCAGUUAUUAUAUCAGUCAAAUGAUCCAGUAGAUAAUGAUGCAUGGAAAGAUAGUGAUCGAGAAGCUUGACACUUUUUUUUUUCCCCUAGCCCAGUUGAAUAGCUCUGAAGAACAUUAAGAGUUUCAAGCACAAGAAAUGACAAAAAAAAUUAGAAAUUCCUUGAUUGAGUUUAUUUUUUAGUUUCUUGUUGAUAGAAUUCACUUGGAUUUAAUUUGUUGAAUGUAGGCA